AUGUCGCCGAACACUUUUGAUUGCAUCGUAGUGGGCUCCGGACACGCUGCCAGUAGCGCCGCUCUCUCCGCUAUCGAAGCUGGCAGCAGACGCGUCCUCGUCGUCGAGAAGGGUCCCGCUGAAUGGGUGGGUGGUAAUGGCUACUUCACUGCAGGUGCCCAUCGUACCGUUCACGGCGGCCUGCAAGACCUCUUGCCCAUCGUUACCAACGUCGCCCCGGAGACCGCAGCGACGAUCGACAUGGAUCCGUACACUCCUCAACAGUUCACGGACGACCUCAUGCGCCUCUCGGAUGGGAGGAGCGAUCCUGCGAUGGUAAAGGCCGUCGUAGAUGGGUCCCGGGAUGCGGUGGGAUGGUUGGCGGAGAAGGCAUACCUUGUCAACGGCCGACAGAAGUUCUGGGGCGGUAAAGGUCUGAUAGCGGCUCACAGACGCGCGCUGGAGGAGGCCGGCGUCGAGACGUGGUUUGAUACACCUGCCGUCGAACUCGUCACAGACGAAGGGAUUAUUGCAGGGCUGGUGGUUGAACGUGGUGGGCAGAGAGCCAUCCUCAACUCACCCUCUGUGGUUCUUGCUUGUGGCGGUCCGAGGAACGCCCUACAACACCGGCGACGGCUUCACUCUACGCGGCCUUUGAACGCCUCGCUCAUCGGGGAUUUCUCCGCCACCGGCUGCCACUCUACGUGCUGGGACGCAAACGCACCUUCCGACUGCGGCGACCGCGUGCUCAGCAACCAGUUCACCAAGUCCGGCUACCCGCUCGGCAUCAUGGUCAACGCCCGCGGGCAGCGCUUCGUCGAUGAGGGCGAGGACUUCCGGAACUACACGUACGCGAAGUUCGGGCGUGCGAUCUUGCACCAACCGGGCGGAUGCGCGUUCCAGGUGUGGGACAGCGAGGUGGUGGAAUGGUUGCGGAAGGAGGAGUACGACGAUGGCGUGGUCGAGAAGGUCUGGGCGCAGAGCGUUGAAGAGCUCGCAGAUGCACUCUCGCAGAAGGGUCUGGAGGACAAGGCAGCGUUCGUGCACACCAUCGAAGCCUACAAUGCAGCGGUCCGUGCAUCCAAAACCGAGAACCCGUCCAGAACAUGGGAUCCCGCCGUCAAGGACGGGCUGUCGACAGUUUCCUCCCAGCCACAGCUCAGCGUCGACCCGCCGAAGUCGAACUGGGCUCUACCCCUCGAGAAGCCGCCGUUCCUUGCCGUGAAGGUUGCAUGCGGGAUCACGUUCACCUUCGGCGGCCUUGCGAUCAACCCUAAUACAGCAAACGUCUUGAACGAGAAGGGGGAGAACAUUCGCGGCCUCUUCGCCACUGGUGAGGUCGUCGGCGGGCUCUUCUAUGGCAACUAUCCAGGCGGGAGUGGGUUGACGGCCGGGGCGGUGUUUGGGAGAAAGGCAGGAGCGGAAGCUGCGAAGCUGGCGGCGCAGGCUGCUUGA